ACGUCAGGAUGCAGUCAUGCAACAAGUGUUUGUGCUGGUCAACCGACUGCUCAAGAAGGAGCCCACCACCAGCAAGAGGAGGCUCUGUGUGCUCACAUAUAUACAAGAGCUGUCCACCUCGACCUAGUCCAGGACAUGACAGCGGAGACCUUCAUAAGAAGUUUUAGACGUUUCACAGCUAGACGAGGAACGCCAGCUAUAAUGAUUUUUGAGAACGCAAAAACAUUUAAGGUGGCAUCAGUUUCGAUAUCGAGCAUAUGUGAACGACCAGAAGUGAAGAAAUUCUUCAGUACUGUACAUGUGCAAGGGCAAUUUAAUCUUGAGAAGGCCCCUUGGUGGGGUGGAGCUUUCAAACGCAUGAUAAAGUCUGCAAAACGAUGCCUAAGAAAAUCCAUAGGAAAAACCUGUCUGACCUUUGAUGAGCUACUAACUCUUGUGACAGAGGUGGAAGGGGUGCUAAAUUCAAGACCCCUUACUUACAUUUACUCUGAUGAUGUUACAGAGGCCCUGACACCAUCUCACCUACUGGUCGGAUAUAGGAUCCUCUCUCUCCCAGAUGCCACAGAGCAUGAGACUCACGAUGAGGACUAUUCUCCUGAGAACCUCACCCGAAGAGCGAGUCAUCUCGCUAGAACGCUGGAUACAUUCUGGAAGCGAUGGAAACAGGAGUACCUGUUAGAAUUAAGAGAAUUUCAUCGCACUCGCCAACAAAGGGGAGCCACCUAUACUCUUCAGGUGGGCGAAGUUGUGACAGUUUACGAUGAAGGACACCCACGAGGAAUGUGGAGAUUGGGAAGAAUUGAAGAGCUCAUCCCAAGCUCAGAUGAUAAGCUUCGUGGCGUGCGUAUAAGGGUGAUAUCCAAAGGAGGGCAGGUCAAGAUAAUUCGGAGACCUGUCCAACACAUAUACCCGCUAGAAGUUCGUACUGAUCCCCAAGAGACACAGCACACGAAUGUGAGUGAUCGCCCAACUGAGAACGUCGUUGUUCGAGCACGUUCGACUACAAAUGCCGAUCGCCCAACUAAGAAUGUCGUUGUUCGGGCACGUUUGACUCGAAAGGCCGCUUUGCAAGCCAAAGAUCGGAUUACUGAGUGUUUGAUCGAAGAUGAUGAACUAAUUAACUGAUUAACUGUAUAUACAUGACUGUGUGGAACAGCACCCUGUUCAACAGGGGGAGUGUAUUGAUUAGCUAUGUAUAUCAUUAUAAUUACGUCACCACUGACUAUCAUUUUACUAUCUAUUUGUACAACAUAUCUUGUGCACGUCUGGUGACUUAGUCAGCCACAUGUUAUAUUAUGAA